UCAUCGCUACCAGCGACAAAAUAUUUCCAGCUAUCUAGUUGAUGCGAGACAACAUGCCGAAAGUCUCUGAUCAUCUUUUUUUAAUUUUCGGAAAAUGUGAGCUGUCGACGUUAUUGUGGCGUGACGAAUUAGUUCCCAGUCUACUGUCAAAUCGAAGGAAAACAAGCAAAGACGCAUGGGAAGUUGUGGUCGUUGAUUGAUCCAUUCAAUGACUGAACAUGGCAACAAGGAAAAUUAAACCUGAUAACUCAUGGAUCUUCGAUUUCGAUUCUAAACCCAAACCAGAGAAAACGCACAAUUUUGAUCUCUGUCGUCUUCGGGCAUACUCAUCUCAAGCAGAUUCAGAGGAUAGUUCUGCAGUUAUGAAUGAACUAACCUUGCUUGUUGUAUUUGGAGCAUCGGGAGACCUUGCCAAGAAAAAGAUUUACCCCACCUUGUGGUAUCUGUACAAAGAUGAUCUCAUUCCAAAAAACACUAAAUUUAUUGGGUAUGCUCGUUCAGAUCUGACUGUUGACAAAUUACGAGCCAAAGUUGAACCUUUUUUGAAGCUUAAAGAUGGCGAGAAAGAAAAAUUGUCAGAAUUUUACAAGAAGUGCUACUAUGUGAAAGGUCCUUACAAUGAGGCAUCAGGUUUUAAAAGUCUGAAUGCAGAGCUUGAGAAACUUGGAGAAGGGAAGGAUGUUGUCAACAGGCUGUUUUAUCUUGCACUUCCUCCAUCUGUUUUCAUAGACACAUCAGAGAACAUCAAGAAGUACUGUAUGGGCUCAAAGGGUUGGAACAGAGUGGUGAUUGAAAAACCCUUUGGCAAGGAUGCUGACAGCUCUGCUGAGUUGUCAAAUCAUCUAGCAUCACUGUUUCCUGAAGACUCCAUGUAUCGUAUUGAUCAUUAUCUUGGAAAAGAAAUGGUACAGAAUCUGAUGGUGCUGCGAUUUGGAAACCGCAUUUUUGGGCCAGUGUGGUGUAGAGAGAGCGUCAAAAGUGUCAUCAUUACAUUCAAAGAACCCAUUGGAACUUAUGGACGUGGGGGCUACUUUGAUGAAUAUGGAAUCAUAAGGGAUGUGAUGCAAAACCAUCUUUUACAGGUUCUUUGUUUGGUUGCCAUGGAAAAACCAGCCAGUAAACGGGCGGAAGAUCUUCGAAAUGAAAAAGUUAAAGUUCUGAAGUCCAUAAGCCCAAUUGAAUUAAAAGACACGGUGCUUGGUCAGUAUGUUGGAAAUCCUGAUGCAGAAGGUGAUGGAAAAUUUGGUUAUCUUGAUGAUCCAACUGUGCCCAAAGGAUCCAUCACACCAACCUUUGCAACUUCAGUCAUGUACAUACGCAACGAGAAAUGGGAUGGUGUUCCGUUUAUUCUCAAAUGUGGCAAAGCCCUUAAUGAGCGCAAGGCUGAGGUCCGCAUCCAGUUUAUUGACACACCUGGAGAUAUCUUUGAAGGAGGGUGCAAGAGGAAUGAGUUAGUGGUCAGACUUCAACCAAAUGAGGCUGUUUAUGUCAAGUUGAUGAUAAAGGAAGCAGGAAUGUCCUUUGAACCAAAAGAAUCAGAAUUGGACUUGACAUAUUCUGACAGAUAUACUAAUGUGAAGAUGCCUGAUGCAUAUGAAAGACUUAUUCUUGAUGUGUUUUCUGGAAACCAAGCUCAUUUUGUCAGAAGUGAUGAGCUUGCUGAGGCCUGGAGAAUUUUCACCCCCAUUCUCCAUCAGAUUGAAAGGGAGAACGUGAAACCAAUUCCUUAUCAGUUUGGAAGCCGAGGACCAUUAGAAUCUGACACUCUUAUCAAAGACAGUGGAUUUCUCUACAGUGGAACUUAUAAAUGGGAAAAGAAAGCUAACAAGUAAAUCAAUAUGGAGAAACUCAGGAUAGCCCUUUCCAGAUGACAGUUAACAUUCAAGUUAAUACAUUGCAGUACUUUUUACUACUGCUGAAAUCAAUCAAGGGAAUUUUAAAAAUGACAGUACAAGUCACAAUCUUUACAUUAACUCGUUCACUGCAUAACUUAACCAAACUUUCUGGUUACAAUCUUUUUCUGCUACCUUCACUGUAAGGAUUUGUUAGGUAAUUCAAUUGUUUCCAGCUUUUGAGAGAUGGUUGCCAUUUAGCCAGUAUUGAUUUCAGUUGUGUCUCUGUUCUUUGGUGUUUUUAUUACACAUUAUUUUCUCUGUGGUAUGAAAUAUAAAGUAGUCAUGAUCUACCCUUCGUUGCUUUACAAUGUAUCAAUUCUUCCAUCUGCAGGAUGCAUAUUUCCUCAAUUUAUAAUAAGAAUUUGUAAUUCCUGGGAAUUAUAUGUGGUCAGUUGUCCUUUCUUUACCCUGUUCAAUCUGUUGCACAGGUGAAACAAACUAGGGCUUUUAAGUUCGAGCGGGUGGAAAGCAUAGUUAAAAAUAUUACUACUUUUGUCACUGUGUCCCAGCCAGCCUGUGGGGUUCAGUUGAUGGUUGGCAAGAAAGCCUCAAGUAGUACAGGGUUUUUGAAUCAGAACGUUUGUAUGUGGGACAGCUUAAAGUUAUACCAAAUCACUGAUGUGAAGGAAAAUAUUUGGCUUUGUUUUUUCUAAGAGUCUAUGGGUAAUUAUAUUACAAUUUUAGUGUUCAAGGUGAAUCACCAUCAGAGUACAUACUUAUCCCCUCAAGUGUGAACAUAGUUUGACAAGCACUGCAAUGAGUAGACAUAAUACAUACUGGUACAUGUAUGAGAAGGCUAACAAUAAGAUAAAAGAAAAUGUAAUAUUUUAAAACGGCAGACUUUCUAGGUAGUUUGUUUCCUUAUAUUUCAUGUGAACUAAAUUUAGAUAUGCAGUUAUUAAAUCAUAAGAAUUGGUAAUGUCAAGAGUCCUGCUUAGAGGCAAAAGGCUCAAAGCAUUUUAAUUUUAAUUUUAAGGUUGAAACAGCAUGUUUGUAAUAAUAGUUAUUACUAAAGGAGUUACUGUAGUAACUUAGGCUUAAGUUAUUGCAUUCAGGAAAUAAUGUUUGAUUCCCUUCUCAAGGGAAAGGAGACAUAAUAAAAUAAGCUUUACUUUA